AUGGACGAUGUCAGUGCAAGUGCAUCAAGAGAUUGGGGUGACUCUUACGAUCGUCAUGGUAGCAAUGGGGACUCAACCGUAAUGCGCGGAGCUCACCAUGUUGAUAACCUUGGAAGGUCAGAGAACCCACAGCAAGCGAAUGGGUUCAAAGGCGAAGACGGCAAAGGUCAAGGGUCUAGCACGGCAAUGGUGUUGAAGCAUGGACAGUCUGGCGUUGUGCCGGAUGGUGUUGAAGGACAAUGGGCUCCACCACUUAUGCAUAUCACUCAAGGGUUUUUCCCAUAUUCUCAGCUCGUGAACAGAGCUGUACAGCAAUGCUAUAACGAUCUCUGCGACGUGAUUACGGAAUUAGCAGAUUCAACCCAACAACAACAACAACAACUACCGUCGUCUGCCAACGGAAAGCCGGACCCCGCCUCCAUACAAAAAAGAAUUCGAAUACUAGAGUUCGCACAGACUAAGCGAACAGAGUUCAUCAAGCUUCUUGUCUUAUCGCAAUGGAGUCGUCAAGCCGUGGAUGUCAGCAGGCUCAUCGAUCUGCAAAACUUUAUUCGGACACGGCAUUUUGCUUAUCAGACCGCCGUUCAACGAGUAGCAGAUAUGAAAAGAGACCUGGUUAGAGCUCAGGUUGCCAAUCCGGAUUUGCAAACUGCGUUGGAGGUUUUAACGACGGGUCGUGUGUCAAAUAUGCCAGAGUUCGGUUACAAACCUCCCAAACCUCUCAGCUCAAGGCGCCUGCUAGCAACUCUACAGAGAAUUAAUCGCAUAAUCAGCACGCGCUUAGUGACUAGCGAUAGUAUUCCCUCCUCCCUAAAUGAGUACCAGGUUCAUGAUGGCCGGGUCACCUUUUCCGUUCAUGGCGAAUUCGAACUCGAUCUCUCCAUUGCGGAAGAAGAUGUUACGUCACAGUUCUAUUUUAUCGACAUCCGUUUUCUUUUCACUCCGUCCUCUCCGAUCCCUAAAGGACGCUUCUUCAACGAGCUCGAUUCGCAGAUAAAUGGCAUCCUGAAAACGAAAGGCUUAACAGGUUGCUUUGACUUUAUUCAUAACCUUGUUCUCGCGAAUAAAAUCAACAUUUUGUUCAAACAAGCAAUGAGCCUCUCUAGAGGUCAAUGGACAGGUGCUUUACGUGUCGAGUUAUUGCAUCGCACCUUGGUGGUGCAUUACUGGCCCGAUAAAAGUGGCCCUAAGAGUUGGUUAGAGAUCGGUGCUCACAGUGGUAGUCAUCAGCGCCAAAAAGUCUCCUACCUUGCUCUUCGCUGGAUCCGUGAAGGCAAAGAGUGCGACUUCUCACAGAUUCACUUUGAUACAGAGUCGCUUUCUAUGGAGUCCAUUCUUCGAAGUGUAAUCGCAAUUCAUUCCUCCCACAUACUUCGCGCUGUCUAUGAACGCCUCCGCACGCAAAAUCUAUUUGCUAACCACCGACUUUCGAUCAACAUGCAAAUGUCCAAAACUGAACCUGGAAAUUGCCGCUUGAAUGUUCAACUCACUGAAACUCGUUAUCUCAAUGCAUCGUUAGAGCCUGUUUCAGGUGCCAUGUGUAUCCAUACCAUACCGUCACUAUUAUGCCGCUUAGACAAGGGAAGUACUUCUGAUGAUGACUUCGUCAAUCGGAUCUCGCGACUGCGUUGUAUCGCAGCUAUGGAGGAAAUCGAAUCUGACGCAAAGAUAUUUGGAUGGGAAAGUGUGGAUCAUCGAAAAUUCAAGGUAGACAUUCGUCGUGUCUUCCCGAGUAACAUUCUGCGGGCUUCAUUUUUCCGUAAUCGUCUUUGGGGAAAUUCAUGGAUUAUUGCUGCAACGACCAGUCUAAGUGGUGAUGACUGGUGGAUAUUGCGUCUCAAAGCGCGACCAUCACCAUUACCUGAUGCUCUUGGUCACGCUCGCGUGGUUGCAGGUGGCUUUUCCGUGCUGUCUACUCGUGUUCUAUCCGGUGAUCAACUCUUGUCCCCCCGAGAAUCUAGGUAUCACUUCCCGAAUCUGGACUAUUCACUUACUGGCGCUUUGGUGAUGUACUCGAACGCUUUAUGGCUUUCGGAGUUGGGAUAUCAAAACGUUCUUCCACCAGUAGAGCAACUACAACUUGGCUCGAGAUUGGAAGUGCCUUGCCUCUACCUCAAGUUUGAUAGUGGAAAAUUACCAAAACAAAUGCGGAUUACUCCACUAGAUGGGACCCGAAGGAAGUCAUAUGUCCGGGAGACUCUGACGAUCUCAUAUUAUGGAAUCGAUUCUCGAACGAAGAAUGCAAUUGUGGUUGCACAUGGACGAUUCCACAUCCCUUUGAAGAAAAUGGGGCUGAAGAGGCUGAAGCUUGAUGACUGCAUACUCCUUCGACGAGGUGGCUCGGCUUUUGCGAUGCGUUUCUUCGUUACUCCUGGCCAGUCGAUAAUGGUCGAUCUCUUUGAGCGAAUACAGCGACUUAACAUAGUCUUGUCUUUGUUCCAUACACUUCAGCAAAACAAGAUUACGGUGAAAUCAGUAUCUCUAUCUAAUUUGUCGUUUGUGUAUGCGCCACGUGAAGGUUUCGAAGCAAACAUAGUCAUUAGGCUGGAUGGACCCGGCCACGCGCCAGAUUUGGAUCCUACCAUCAUCCGCCUGCAGAAUGAGCCACUUUCUCGCUUACGCCUUCAUAUAUCGUUCAAUAGCUUGAGUCCGCAUAAUCGAAUAAAACAAUCCCUGGGAAUGAUACUCAACCGGACCGGCCCUGGCAACGGGGUACAAUGUGUGCUACAAUUACUCAAGUUAACGCUACCUGUGCUCCAUGCCUUGGAUCGCCUUGUUACAGAACCGCAGCACAACUCUACAUUACGAGUCCAGGUUUCGAUUCGUGGGGCACAGACGUAUCAAAUCCACUACUUUGGUCUUAGGUUCCGAUUCCUUCUCAAUGCCUCACAUCGCCGGGACAAGAUUAUUUGGGCGCUAAAGGAUAUAAGCUCAUCAGAAGGACAACGUGAUGUGGAACAAGCGGUGGAAGCCAGGCUGCAAGAGAAGAUCUAUUGUGGAAAAGGCGACGGUUGGCAAGGCCUCGGAAACGGCGCUGUGGCGGAAGUUGAUCAAGUCGGAAAUUUGCUGUCAGAGCUGGAUUCUUGUUUCGCAGAUUUAACGCCGCCUGCAGCACCACCAGCAGUACCUCGCGAGACUGCAGAGAAAAAACCCGGCAAAACACCCAAAGACAAAGGACCUAAGACGAAUGGGACUUCAAAAGUCACCAAUCGACCUCCACAGGAAGCGCCGAAGGAAUCUGAUGUUAUUAUGAUUGACUAG